AUGAUGAAACACAGGGUAAUAGCAUCAGGAAGAAUUCCAGACCCAGGGAGCAUAAAGGCAAAUGACUCGACCAUGCUAGAUGUGCCAGUGAAGGUUCCUCAUAGUGUGCUAUUGUGCUUGGUUAGGGACCUUGGUGGAGAUUGGGACGUCGACUAUACGCUGGAAUUGUGUCUCAUCAUUGAUAUUCCGGUCAUUGGCAACAUCACCAUUCCCCUCUCUUAUAGCGGUGAGUAUAAGCUUCCUACUUUGUCCGACUUAUGGAAGGGUGGGGAAGAAGAAGAGGAGAAAGAAGAUCCAUCAAAGGUUAUAGUGAUAUGA